UCCUCGCCCUCCGCUCAUAAACCCUAAUUCGGUCUCCAGGAUCGCCUUCCACUCCAUCUUCUGAUAAGCAUCAUCCUUCUCCAAAAUGAAGAAAGAGGGAAUGGGUUCCAAAAGCAAGAACAAGCACAGCAAGCGAAAGGCCGAACCUUCCAAUCUCGAGUCGAAGGGCGGCGGCCAUGAAUCCGCCGGCGUCGGCGGCUCCGGCGGCGGCGGCGGCAGAAUCAUCACCGACUCGAGGUUCGCCUCCGUGCACUCGGACCCGAGGUUCCAGAGAGUCCCGAAGCACAAGGCCAAGGUCGCCAUCGACUCGCGGUUCAACCGCAUGUUCUCCGACAAGAGCUUCUCCUCGUCCGCCGCCCCGUUGGAUAAGAGGGGCAGGCCUAAGAAGCAGAGCUCCCAGAGCUCGCUUCGCCAUUACUACCGGAUCGAGGAAGACGGGGACAGAGAAGAGGAGACCGAUGCAGAGGAGGAGGUGUUGGAGGAGCAGAGAGAGAGCGUGGCGAAGAGAGCUGAGUCGAGCGAAGAGUCGGAGGAGUCGGAUUCGGAGGAUGAAUUGGAAUCGGGGUCGGAGGCUGAGCUGGAGAGGAGUGGUGGUGAGUCGGAGUCCACUACUGACACUGAUGAAGAAGGAGAUGAGGAGGUUUAUGAGGAAGAAGGCGUUGAAGUGCAGGAGGAAAACAUACCGACUAUUGACAAGGAAACUCGGAGGCUUGCUGUUCUUAAUAUGGACUGGAGACAUGUCAAGUCUGCCGACUUGUUUGUCCUUCUAAGCUCUUUCCUUCCCAAAGGUGGUCAAAUUUUGUCCGUGGCUGUCUACCCAUCUGAGUUUGGGAUCCAGCGCAUGAAAGAGGAAGAAAUUCAUGGCCCUGUUGGGCUCUUUGAUGAUGAGGACGAUAGGAAUGAAGAUGACGAUGAUGGUGAGAUUGAUAUCGAGAAACUGCGUGCAUAUGAGAAAAGUAGACUGAGGUACUAUUAUGGUGUAGUGGAAUGUGAUUCGAGUGCUACAGCUGAUUACCUUUACAAUGCUUGCGAUGGCCUUGAAGUUGAAAGAUCAUCGAAUGUGCUUGAUUUGAGAUUCAUUCCUGACUCAAUGGAGUUUAAGCAUGAACCUCGUGAUUUUGCAACAGAGGCACCUGUAAACUAUGAGGCUGUAGAUUUCCAAACUCGAGCUCUGCAGCAAAGUAAAAUCCAUCUAACAUGGGAUGAAGAUGAGCCUGAUCGUGUGAAGACCCUGAAACGAAAGUUCAAUGCUGAUCAGCUAGCUGAUCUUGAACUGAAAGAGUUUUUGGCUUCCGAUGAGAGUGAAUCUGAUGACGAUCGGGAUGAGGGUGUUUUGGAUGAUCAACCUGAUAAGAAGGGGAGGAAACGUGAUAGGUACCGUGCUUUACUCGAGGGAGGUGAUGGCUCUGAUGGAGAUGGGGAGGACGAGAACAAGGAUAUGGAAAUAACUUUUAAUACUGGCUUAGAAGAUUUAAGCAAACGCAUUUUAGAGAAGAAAGAUAAGAAAUCUGAAACAGUUUGGGAGGAGAAUCUCAGAAAAGGACGCGAGAAGAGGAAUGCUAGGAGGAACAAGGCCAAGAAUUCAUCAGAUGAUGAGAGCAGCGACACUGAUGAGGACGGAAUUGAACAAGAGGAUGACUUUUUUGUUGAAGAGCCGUCAGUUAAGAGAAGUAAAAAGGGAACUCGUGGGAAGAAUAAUAAAGCAGAGAAUGAACGCCAAGAUGUAGAUGGGGAAGGAGAAGCGAGCAGAGCUGAGCUUGAGUUGUUGCUUGCAGAUGAGAAUGGGGCUGAUACCGGACCCAAGGGGUAUAAAAUAAAAACUAAAAAGGUCAAAGGGAAGAAGGGAGAUCAAAUGCCAGAUGAAGACAAAAUACCAACCAUUGAUUAUAGCGAUUCCCGAUUUUCUGCUCUUUUCACUUCACCACUCUUUGCUUUGGACCCCACCAAUCCACAAUUCAAGAGGAGCGCGGCUUAUGCUCGGCAGGUAGCACAGAGACAGCAGAAGGGCGAUCAUCCAGAGGCUGUGAUAAAAGAUGCUAAGAAAAAUGCGGCAAACAUCGACUUACGACCUGAUGACCUGCACAGUGAGAAAGGUGAGCUUCCAAAGCCGGACGUGUUGCCCGCAAGGAAAGAGAAGCACGAGUUGUCUUCACUGGUGAGAUCACUCAAGAUGAAAUCCAAGCAAGUGCCGUUGCCUUCCAACGGCAAGUCCUCAAAGAAAGUAGGCAAAGUUCAGUCCAGAAGACAGUGAAAAGAACAGGGGAACAGCAAGUAUCAAGAUUAGUACAGUCAACAUGGAAAAAUGAGUUUCGGAUGAGUUUUUAAAACGACAGUCUUCGGCAACCUCUGCUGCAUAGAAACAUGGUUUCUAUGCGGUGCUUUUCGAGCUCCGGAGGAAUUUCCGAUAAUCUUAUGCGGUAAAUGUGCAGAUGGUUAAAAAGGCUUAGUGUUUUAUUUCUGGUUUCCAUGUCGUCUCUGGCCACACAUUCUUGUAUCAUUCUCAACAUCAUCAGUAGUAUACUCCUCAAGUCAAGCCUACAGGGUCACUUCAUUUUUUGUUCUUUCUCUUUUCGCCAGACUGAGAGGGUCAUCGUCGAAAUGAAGUCGUAUUCCAUUGUUUUUGUGUUACCAAAUUGUUUAUUCUUCUGUUUUCUUUUUCUUGACAAUCCCCUAUUAAUUAUUAAGAGAAUCAGCAUCUGCAGGUUUGAUUGAUUGUA